AUGGCGCAUGAUGCAGACGUCGAGGCAUGGAGGGAAGGCACACUAGGAACACUUGAUCUCAUCUCCGAGGGAGACAUCUUAGCUCUGAAAACGACAGGCGGUGGUCCAGCCGUCUCAUCAGCAUUCAGCAAAGGCGAGCUUCCACCCCAGCAAAUGCUCGACGCCCUAGAUGAGAUAGCGACCCAAUGUAAAGCACGCAAUGUCCAGAUCAUCAUCGACGCUGAGUCUCAGCACUGGCAAGCAGGCAUCGCUCGCGCGACACUCGAACUAAUGCGCAAGUUCAACCGCAAUGGUAAAGCUGUCAUCUACAACACGUACCAAGCCUACCUCAAAGACACUCCCACAAUUCUCGCACAACAUAUGGCUGAGGCAGAAAGAGACGGGUUUACUCUUGGUCUCAAGCUCGUGCGUGGUGCAUACAUCCUCUCUGACAACCGCUCCCUGAUCCAUGACACCAAGGAAGACACAGAUAACGCCUACAAUACGAUAGCACAGGGUGCGCUUCGUCAGCAAAUAGGCAGCUUCGGGGCAUCUGAAUCAUCUACCCGCCGGUUCCCUUCUGUAAAUCUCUUCCUCGCAUCUCACAACCGCGAAAGCGUGCUCUCGGCCCACAAGCUCCACCGACAGCGCUCGGAAGCCGGUCUACCUACUGUUCCCGUCGCUUACGGACAGCUUCACGGCAUGUCAGAUGAAGUCAGCUUUUCCCUGUUAGCAGAGAAGGGAGCGGGUGGCAAGGCACCUGAGGUGUUGAAAUGCACCACUUGGGGUAGUAUGGGCGAAUGUGUGGGGUAUCUACUUCGGAGGGCUGUGGAGAAUCGCGAUGCCGUGUUAAGGACUAAGGAUGAGUUUACGGCGUUGAAGAGAGAAGUUAGGAGGAGGUUCUUUUGGGCGUGA